AUGGAACCCAAAUAUAUAAAUACCCAAUCAUUUGUCGACUCGUCCUUUUUCGUCAAGCUCUCGCAAUUGAAGCUCGAUGUUUUGAAACUGGACCAAUCCUCGCGCCCAAUACACGGAUAUUACAAUUACAAACGGCUAGCCCCCGGACAGGCUCCAGCGAUUAAUCUAAACGAUAUCAGUUUUGCCUCUGACCAGGAACUCGAGUCCCAACUGCCGGCGCGCUCUGCGUUUAUUGUCAGCGGUGAAAUCACCAACGUCAACACCCUCGAAGAGUUUAAAUCGCAGAGCAAGCUGGAGUUUCUGACACGGGCUGGGGGCAAGAUAAUCGACUCUAUCAAAAAUAAAGCCGCGCUACAGGAUCCGAGUUUGUUAGCCCAAUUUGCCGUUUUCUCGUUUGCAGACCUCAAGAAGUACAAGUUUUAUUACUGGUUCGCCUUCCCCACUCUGCACUCCGAAUGGCAGAUCACGUCUGAGGGUCCACUGGGUGGAGAUGCACCCGACUCACAAUUUUCGCUCAUCAGAGACGGCAAACCUGUUCCCCUCGCCCAAUUACACACCAUUUCCACAGACUCGCCUUUGCAUGUUGCAUUUGUUGACACCUCUGCUGUGCCAGACGCUUAUUCUUACGUGCUGCGCAAUUUUCUGACCAUGCUUGCCAUGUAUGGCUACCGCGAAGUGGUGGUGGAUGUGCAUCGCGACAACCAGUCUUUUUCCCGCCAAAUAGCUUUGAAACUGCAAUCACAGGUGGAUGGUCCGAAAAUAUCAGGCUGGGAGCGCACGUCGCAGGGGAAACUGGGCCCGAAACUGGCCGAUCUCGGUGCCUUGAUCGAUCCUUCGCAGCUGGCGGACCAGGCUAUUGACCUCAAUCUCAAACUCAUGAAAUGGCGCAUCGUCCCUACGCUCGAUCUGGACCGGAUCAAGUCGACCAAGUGUCUGCUACUUGGAUCGGGUACGCUAGGGUCAUACAUCGGCCGCGCGUUGUUGGCAUGGGGAGUGCGCAAAAUUACUUUUGUUGAUAACGGGAAAGUGUCUUUCAGUAAUCCUGUUCGACAGCCGCUGUUCAAUUUUAUCGACUGCAUAGACGGAGGCAAACCCAAGGCCAAAACCGCGGCAGAAAACAUGAAGCGCAUUUUUCCUUUAGUAGAUGCUCAGGGUUUCACAUUGGAGGUGCCUAUGGCAGGGCAUCCAAUUACUGACGAGACAAAACAAAAACAGGAUUUCGACAAGUUGGAGGAGCUUGUGCAAGAUCACGAUGUGAUAUUCCUAUUGAUGGACUCGCGCGAAACCAGAUGGCUGCCCACCGUCAUGGGAAACGUGAACAACAAGCUAGUGAUUAAUGCUGCUUUGGGAUUCGAAAGCUAUUUAGUGAUGCGACACGGGUGUAUCAACCCUGAAAAACCUCCAGAGGAGCAACAGGAGUCGCGACUGGGGUGUUAUUUCUGCAACGACGUGUACGCUCCGUCCGACUCUACCACAGACAGAACACUGGAUCAAAUGUGCACGGUGACUCGGCCGGGAGUCGCUUUGAUGGCAGCAUCAUUGGCUGUGGAGCUGAUGGUUUCUGUUUUGCAGCAUCCGGACAGACACUAUGCGCCCCACUCAGCUCAGGACUCGUGCACCGUACUGGGAUCGCUCCCGCACCAGUUGCGUGGAUUUUUGCAUAAUUUCGAGAUGCUCAAGCUGAGCGCCAAAAAUUUCAGAUACUGCUCUGCGUGCUCCGUCUCCGUAGUGCAAGAGUUCAAAUCGCGUGGCUGGGAGUUUGUGAAGCAGGCACUGGAAAAUCCGAAAUAUCUGGAACAGCUUACAGGGCUCACAGACGUCCACCAGCAGGCCGAGGAGGCAGAGCUCCAUUUCGACAUAUCUGACAGCGAGGGCGAGUUCGAUUAG